UUUGCUGCCACUAACUUUGGCUGCUAAAUGCAACAUUAUGAACAACAAAUUUGAGAAAUUUACUCUAAAACCCAAGGCCUCAUAUAAAAUAUCAUUUAGCCAGUGAAUUAUUGCAAAAGAAAUACUCAAGCAGUUGAUGCCGGACGACAAGAAGAUGCUGUAUUUGCGCUUUGACGAUAACUUGGAAUUCAGUUAUUUACUAGGCCUUUCUGUAUGGUUACCAACUAUUCUUCUAGUUUAUUGUCUGCUCAAAUUUCUUCUUCAGUUUCUAAUUCAUCAUCCUCAAAAGUUAGAAAUAGUUGAGCACAAAAAAUCAGAUGCUUCUGAAGCUGAACAUCAGUUGGAUGAAGCAAAAAAAUACUCUGUUGUGUACAGAUUUAGGCUGAGGCAGGAAAAGAUCCAAAGAGAAAUAACAGGAGAAGAGGAAUCAGGAUCUAAAUUGAUUUCUAAGGAAGAGGAAAGUUGUGUGUCAAAAGGCCCUCCUCGUUUUCGUGAUGGUGAUCUUGUGCAUUUCAGCCACAGGCAUCCUUUGCUAAGAUUUCACCUUAAAGGAACAGAAGUUAUUAGAUGCAACAUGUGUACUAUUAUAAUUUCUGGGGUAUCUUAUGGUUGUGAUCGUUGUCAUUACUUUCUCCAUGAGGUAUGCUCUAACAUUCCUAAAAGAAUUCGACAUGAUUUUCAUCCUAUGCAUUCACUCACCCUUCUUCCUAUCGCUUUUUGGAAUUCGAAAGUGGAAAAAAGUGAAUUCUGUUGUGUGGCAUGUGGAUAUGACAACUCUUGUCCUCACCAUUCAUUGUUUUCAUUUUACUAUCAUUGUGACUCGUGUAAAUUUGAUCUUCAUCUUGAAUGUGCUUCUGUGACUACGACGUUGAUCCAUAAGGUAAAAUACCCUCUUGAUCUCUUCACUUGUUUUCCAUUACAAAGUGAAGGUGCAGCCCUGUUAUGUUGUAUUUGUAACCAAGUUAUGAAUAGGCAAUCCGCUUGGCUUUUCUACAAUCGCGAGUUUGAUUACAUAUGCCAUUUCGAGUGUGCUGCUGAAGAAGAACUUGAAGUUAUAGGAGAUCAAAGCUUUCUAUCUCAAGUACAGAAAUCCUUGCUCCUCCAAAAGAGUUGUCCUGGAAAACAAUCCAAACUCGGAGAAGUUACACACUUCAGCCAUCGACAUCCAUUGAAAGCAAUCAAACAAACGAAUGAGGCAUCAAUCACGGGUUGCAGCAUAUGUUCAAGCCAGGCUUUGUCCGGUUACAUUUGCCAGCUAUGCAAUUACUUCAUGGACGAGACUUGUUUCCCUUUUCCGCAAAAGAUACAACACCAUUUUCACCCAAAUCACCCUCUUAUACUUUGUAGCUAUACCGAUCAUCCAACGUUCCAAUGUGCAGCUUGUACUCACGAAAAAGGUGCAGCAUACCGUUGCUCUACUUGUAAAUUCAGUCUCCAUCGUAGUUGUGCUGGUGCUCCCAUGACAUUAACCCUUGGCACAAACAAGAAAGUUUCUUAUAAACUCCUCUAUUCGUAUCCAUAUGACGGUGAGAUGGCAGUUAUCAAAUGCAGUGAUUGUUCCGGGGAGUUGAGCUCAACGCAAGGCUGGUUGUACUACAAUUUCGACCACGAUGAAGUGCUUCAUUUCCAAUGUGCGCUUAAUAAAGAAACUAACUCUUAUGAUACUAAGUUUUUUAUAGCUUCUGAGAGGUUGAAAUGUAUAAAAAUAGAGGAAGACCACUAUUAGUAGCAUGUACUGUUAUUUCAUUUUCUAUAAACCAGAAUAUGAUUUGUAAGAACAUCUGUUUAAUUAUUUUGUUAUAUUUGGGAUGUUUAAUUCAGGACUUAUAUUUAUUGCUGGCCUGUGA